CGUUACUGGUUCCGUAGAGACUUCAAACUAGACUAUAUUUGGUAGCUUCUUGAUCUUCUCUUCUAGACAGAGAGAGACAGAGAGAGAGAGGGUUUAGAGUUGAUGAGAAGAUGAAGAUGAAGGGAAGCUCGAUCACAACCUUGGCACCUUUGCUGCUACGGGAGCUUGUAACCUCUUUGUUUAUCUCUGCAGAUCAAUCCCUUAUCAACUUAUCAGAGAGAUACAAACUGGUCCAGAUCCUUCAUCGUCUCCUUGUCCACACUUUCUUCUUCUUCCUUCGGCUCCUCCCAUCCUUCUUGUCUUCUGUACUCAUCACUCCAUCAUUGUCCGAGAACUCCGCUCUCAAUUCUUCUGCUGCUCUCUCAAAAUCUAAACCUCAAGCCUUCAUUCCCAAUAAGGGAGCUGGAGGCUCCAGUAUCGCUAGAGCUUUGUCGCAGCUACUAUCACUCAUGAAUGAGAUCCCAGUCAGCUCUCGCAAGUACCAAGUGGUGAGAUCUCUUGCAGAGAAGCUCAUCGACGAGAACCUCCGUGAAGAUCACGAAAGUCUCAAGGAAGUCAACCGUGUCGCCCUCUCUGCCGCCUUCUCCGAGACGCUUCUCCAGCUCGAAGCUGCCAUGUCGAAGCAGGAGCGUCGACGUGUUUCUGGUGAUGGUGGAUCAGUGUCUGGGUCUUGGACUGGAUCCGGAACGGGACCCGGGCCGUUUAGUUACAGGAUGAGAAGAGUCUUGCGAGGUCUUCGGUCAUUCAGGGAAGGUGCAAGUUUUGUCUUCGCCGGUGAUGGUGGUGACGGUGGUGGUUCCGAGGAGAAGUGGGGGGUCGAGCUGCUUUGGUUGGCUCAGAAGAUGGCGGAUUGCGGAUGUGUUGAAGAGGCGGAAUGGAGGUGGGGGACCAUGUCGAACUUGGCUAGGCUAGCUCUCAUAGCGGAGCCGCGACUUCAAGGAUCGCUAGUCAAGUUCUCAGCAUUCUUGUUCAAGCAGGUCAAAGGAAUAAGAAACGAAACUGGAGAUGAUCAACACAGAGAAAGCACAAUGAACAUGCUAACGACAUGGUUGCCAUUGUUGUGUCGUGCAAGCAAUGGUGUGGAUGCACCUGUGCUAAGCAGCAGAGAAAGGGAAGAACUGGAAAGAGUACUGGAAGAGACGAUAGAAAUGUUGGGGCAGGAUGAAGAGAAGGAGGAGGUGUUGUCCCUAUGGCUACAUCACUUCACUUCCUGCCCUUCCUCCGACUGGCCCAACCUCCAAGCCUGCUACACUCGCUGGUGUGAUGUGUCUCGCAAACUCUUGCUCCUUAGCUGAACCUCUCCCAUCAGUCUAACUUCAUUACAUAUAUUUAGCUAAUUCCAUUAAUUUCUUGGUAUUUUUUAAAUUCUCAUGUAUUUUGUAACUAUGAUCCAUAAGAUGCUCUCCAUCCCAUUCCUCA